AUGAGUUUUAUUCAGCGCAUUACGAAACGGCUGCCCACCGCGCCGAGCCUCCCACUCGAUGACACCCCCCGUGAGAAAGGCCGUGUCUCCUCGCGGUUUGCGUUCUUCCGCCGGCGCAUUCGAUUGAAGGGCAAUUCGUCCAUCUCUAUACCCCUGGGAUUUGUUUUACUAUUUCCUUGUCUUGUAAUUGUGUUCAUUCUACUAUUAUUCGUUCGACACCCUUCUUCUCCCGGGGGAAUCUUAAUUCCAGCAGGCACCCCACCGUCAAUUCGAAAGAUCAGCGAAAAGUAUGACAAGGUCUUCGCCACUGGCUGUCUGCCCAUCGACCAGGCCCGGAUCGAUAGUGAGCCGCGUGCCAACGCUGCCUUUGUUGUGCUCGCACGGAACAAGGAGCUAGAGGGUGUCAUCCAGUCACUCAAGUCCAUCGAGCGUCACUUCAAUCGCUGGUACCACUAUCCCUACGUCUUUUUGAACGACGGUGACUUUGACGACAAGUUCAUGGCUACCGUGAAGAAUUACACCAGUGCCCCUGUGGAGUUUGGCAAGAUUGACAAUUCCAUGUGGGGUUUCCCCGACUGGGUCGACCACGAGGUUGCCAAGGAAGGUAUUCGCAAGCAAGGCGACGCUGCAAUCAUGUACGGCGGUAUGGAAAGCUACCACCAUAUGUGUCGCUUCUACUCUGGACACUUCUACAAGCACCCUCUCCUGAUGAAAUAUGAGUGGUACUGGCGUUUGGAGCCCGAGAUCAAGUAUUUCUGUGACAUCACCUACGAUCCAUUCAUCAAGAUGGCCGAGGCUAACAAAACCUACGGCUUCACCAUUGCUGUCAAAGAACUUCGCGAGACCGUUCCCAACAUCUUCCGUUAUGCCGCCGCCUACAAGCGCAAGUAUAAUCUCAAAUCCAAAGGUCUGUGGGAGAUGUUUGUGGAGCAUCCCGCCGAGCCUGAAACCCCGCCCGAGGAGAACAAGCAGGACAAGCUUCCGGAUGAGAUCCUCUUGACCGAACCUGGCGACAAGAAUCUCGAUGACAUUGACCCCGAAGCCAUGGAAGGCGAAAGCUAUAACAUGUGUCAUUUCUGGAGUAACUUUGAAAUCGCCCGCUUGGAUUGGUUCCGAAGCAAGGCAUACGAAGAUUUCUUCAAUAUGAUGGACCGGAGUGGUGGGUUCUGGAAUGAACGACAUUGCCCAGCCAAUGCUCCUGCCAGACAAUUGCCUCGUGAGCCUUACCUCGAACGGACCACCGACGAUGAGAAGAAGCGAAUUGAGGAGGAUGAGUACUGGGCCAAUCCUGAUCCCGUCAAAGAGAAUGGUGUCGGAUGCCGUUGUCGGUGCGACACUGACAUUGUGGAUGUCGAGGGUAAGCAAGGCAGUUGUCUCGCGGAGUGGGUCGAAGUGGCAGGCGGCUGGUCCUCGCCAUGA